AUGGACCGGGGUCGCAAAGCGCUGCCGACGCUCAACAAGCACACGGACUCCAAGUUUUACAGCCGAUGCCAAACGAUCCACAAGAAGAAGCUCUCGACGAUCAAGAGCUGCAUUGACAACUCGGAGCCGACGCGGCCGGCCCAUUUGCGCAAGAACCUCAAGAAGGAGCAAAUGAAGGAGGAGCGGUACGCGACGAUCGAGCGCGAGAACCGCAUUCUGCUCGAGAAGAUGAGCUUCAUCAUGCAGCACGACACGCUCGACAAUAAGAACGACUCGAUCAAGCACGGCCAUAGCCUCAACAAGGGCCAGCGCAAGCGCGACCUCGAGCGCAUCACGGCCGAGAACCAGUCAAUCCUGCGCCGCAUCCAGACGCGCCAGCCCACGUACGACCACGUGCAGUGGGAAGAGGAGGCCAAGCUGCAUGAAAAAUACGCGCAAAACAUCCGCGAGUUUCCCGAGCGCUACGCCGGCAUCGGCGAAGGCGACGAAGACUUUUAUGACGAAGAGACGUCGCGACUGCAGUACAGCUCGUCGGCUGCUUCUAUCAACUAA